UUUAGACUAUUUGUUCCUGCUUUGUUUGCUUGGGGUACCAUGUGGAAAGCUGUGGUAUUGGCUUUGUGUCUCCUUGCGGCAGGGGGUCAGCCGAUGGAGGACCCAACAUACGGGGUGAAGCUCUGUGGACGCGAGUUCAUACGGGCUGUCAUCUUCACUUGUGGUGGUUCACGAUGGAGACGAUCACUCAGGAGUUCAGCAGAUGUUUCAGAGGACCCAUUCAGUUUCCACCAGGAGUCCUCAGAGGGCUUUAAUCCCAAUUUUGAGGUGGAAACCAUCCUUCAAAAAAACAAAGAUGUUAGCUUUCCAUCCAGAGACGACAGGGAAGGCGUGUUCAGCAGACCCGCCCGAUCGUUCAUAACUGAGGAAAUCUUGGAGGCUCUUCGUAAAGCUGACCGCAAAGGCAGGGAUGUGGUGGUGGGUCUGUCUAAUGCCUGCUGCAAGUGGGGCUGCAGCAAAAGUGAGAUCAGCUCCCUUUGCUGAGGACUGGUAUACCCCCCCUGAGUUCAUACACUGGCAGACAUUUGUUAUCUAUUUAUUUAUUUUUAACUGAAAAGCACACCAACUUUUUUUACACUUUUCAUGAAUAUUCAUUUAAAUCUUGUGUGUUCAAUUUAAAUAUAGUAUCUGUGUGUAAUGUUACAUUUUUGUACCAUGUAGUGAUGUUUUUGUUAUGUUUCUUAUGAAAUGUAUUUUAUGCUUAUAGCUAAUCAAGAGUCAUAUAUGUAUUUUCUUUCCAAUACCAUACAAAUGACUGACUAAAAAUAAAUCAAACAGAUAAAUGCUUUGUUCAGAUAAAUUGGUAAAAAAGUCACUUGUUUAGGAAGAUGUCUAUACUUUCAGUUGUCAAAUCAUAUGGAUGUUUUUGAUGUUUCACAUUUGUUAUUGGGGAGACUGCUUAAAAAGAUAUUUUGACCCACAA